AUGGCCCAGGGUACAGUGAUCCAUGUGGCCCCAGAGCAGCCCACCUAUGCUGUGUGUGUGCUGGGCACCGAGACUCAGCUGGAUGUCUAUGGCUCUGCCCCCAAGGACUGCACAUCCUUUAGCUUCAAUGCUUCCCCAGGAGUGGUCGUAGAUGUUGCCCACCGCCCUCCAGCCAAGAAGAAUCUCACAGGUUCCUCCAAGUGGCCCCUGGACCCUGGGCUGGAGGUGAGCCUGAAGAUAAGAGCUGCCAGCGAUAGCACAGGUGACCGGAAGGUUCAGAUUUCAUACUAUGGACCCGAGACCACUCCAGUUGAAGUCCUGCUCUACAUCACCGGGGUCGAAAUCUCCUUGAGCGCGGACUUCACUCGCACUGGCAAAAUGAAGUCCACCGGAGGCAGGAAGGACCAGAGGACCUGGACCUGGGGCCCUCAUGGGCAGGGUGCCAUCCUGCUAGUGAACUGUGACAGAGACAAUCCCAAAUCUUCCACUGUGGACUGCAAGGAUGACCAGCUUGACAGCAAAGACCUGAAGGACAUGUCCUUGGUGACCCUGAGCACGAAGACCCCCAGGGACUUCAGCAAGCACCAGCUGGUGCUCCAUGUGGCCAAGUCUGAGAUGGAUAAAGUCAGGUGUUUCGAGCCAAUGGUGAACAAACAGCCCUCCAGGUACGGCAUGAUCCUGGGGCCACAGCAUCCCUCUCACCUGCUGGAGCUCCAGGGUGGCCAUCACAGCACAGACUUCUAUGUGGAGGGCCUGGCUUUCCCAGACGCCAGCUUCCCAGGGCUCACUUCCCUCAAUGUCUCCCUGCUGGACACGAGCUCCCCCAAGGCCCUGGUUUUCCAAGACAGCGUGGUCUUCCAUGUGGCCCCCUGGAUCAUGACCCCCAACACUCUCCCCGAGGAGGUGUAUGUGUGCAGGUUAUUUGAAAAUGAGGAUUUCCUGAAGUCAGUGGCUGCUCUGGCCAAGAAAGCCAGGUGCAGGCUGAUGGUCUGUGCCAAGGAAGAGAGCAUGAAUGACCGGUGGAUGCAGGAUGAGAUGGAGAUCAGCUACGUCCAAGCCCCGCACAAAGCGCUGCCCGUGGUCUUUGCCUCCCCAAGGAACAGAGGCCUGAAGGAUUUCCCCAUCAAAGGCAUGCUGGAAAGCCAGGACACGCACCAGGACCUGCAGGAUUUCCUCAGUGCCCAGCAGGUGCAGGCCCCUGUGAAACUCUACUCUGACUGGCUGUCUGUGGGCCACGUGGAUGAGUUCCUGAGCUUCGUUCCAGUGCACAAGAAGGGCUUCUGGCUGCUCCUGGCCAGCCCCAGGUCCUGCUACAAACUGUUCCAGGAGCAAAUGAAGGAAGGCCAUGGGGAGGCUCUGCUGUUCCAAGGGGUCAAGAACAAAACCCAGCAGAAAAUAAAGGACAUUCUGUCAAACGAGAAACUGAGAGAACAUAAUUCAUAUGUGGAGAAAUGCAUCGACUGGAAGGAGCUGGGCGUGACGGAAGGGGACAUCGUGGACAUCCCCCAGCUCUUCAAGCUCCAGAAAGGCUUCAAAGGGACCCUCAAGGUGGAAGCCUUUUUCCCAAACAUGGUGAACAUGCUGGUGCUGGGGAAGCACCUGGGCAUCCCCAAGCCCUUCGGGCCCAUCAUCAACGGCCGCUGUUGCCUGGAGGAGAAGGUGCGGUCCCUGCUGGAGCCGCUGGGCCUCCACUGCACCUUCAUCGAUGACUUCUACACCUACCACGUUCAGCAGGGGGACGUGCACUGCGGCGCCAACGUGCGCCGGCAGCCCUUCUCCUUCAAGUGGUGGUGCGUGGUGCCCUGA